UUGUUGAGCAAAGAUGUUAUGUCAAAUGACGCAAGGACGUUAGUAUCAGCAAAGGUUGGACGAUGUCAAGGAUCACGUGACCUUUACCUGAAUGUGUAUUUAAGUACCACAUGUAGUCAGUGGAAUCGCGACAGUAAACAUGGUGGGACUAUUUGAUGAAAUUUUGUCGCACCUGGGGGAAUUUGGACGAUAUCAGAAGUUGGUGUAUUUUCUGCUAUGUCUCAGCGCAAUUUCGUGUGGAAUUCGGAUGGUUUUAUCCGUUUUUAUCCAAAAAACACCCGCACACAGGUGCGCUAUUCCGGGGUAUGACAACGAUACCUAUGAAAUUCAGUCAGACUAUCAUGCCCGUCUCAUCAACCUCACUAUACCGCUUGAUGACUCAGAUGAUGACCAGGUGUAUGACAAGUGUCAUAUAUACCUGGUCUCUGACAACAUGACGACGGUCGCAUGUGACAAGUGGGUGUACUCUACAGACAUCAUACAGAACUCGGCAGUAACGGAGAUGGAUAUGGUGUGUGAAGCGGCCCUGGACACAUCACAUGCCCAGAUGAUCUUCACGGCAGGCUAUCUGUUCGGCGUAUUUAUACUCGGCAUUAUAUCCGACAAAAUAGGAAGAAAAAAGGCGCUGUAUUUUUCUGUAAUCCUGAGCCUUGCUGGAGGACUUGGCCUGGCGUGGACACCUAACAACUUCAUAGUGUACUGUGUCAUACGUUUUGUGAAUGGAUUUUCAAUGGGAGGAGUGUUUCCUAUUACAUUUGUUAUGAGUAUAGAGAUAGUGGGCCGAAGUAAGAGAGCCCUUAUCGGAAUCUCCAUUGAGUAUUUCUUUGCCAUGGGUUUGGUGAUAUUGUCCGGACUCGCUUACCUUAUCAGGGACUGGCGGUACCUGGAGAUAACAGUGUCUGUACCUUCGGCUCUCUUCCUGCUGUACUGGUGUUGCAUCCCCGAGUCCCCUCGUUGGCUCAUCAGCGAAGGGCGAUACAAGCAUGCUGAACGAAUCAUAACAACGGCAGCCAAGAUGAACAAGGUCACGCUGCCUGAUCACUUGUUUCAACGCGAUUCCACCCAACAUAUACCAGACAAGCAGAAGGAGAUCACACAAGCAGAUACCACAAAAGCUAGUAUUGUUGACAUGUUCAAAUCGCAAGCUCUUCUCAUCCGCAGCUUAAUAAUAUUCCUAAAUUGGAUGGUAGUGAGCAUGGUCUACUACGGACUGUCCCUGAACACCGACAACCUGGGUGCAGGAAGCUUGUAUGUCAACUUCCUUAUUUCUGGCCUGGUUGAGUUCCCUGCCUACACGAUCUGCAUCCUGCUGCUGGGCAGGGUUGGGAGGAAGGCUCUCCAUUGUGGCAGCAUGAUCCUUGGGGGCGUGUCCUGUCUCCUCACAACGUUCACGGUCCUCUAUCUAGAUAAAGACCAUCAGUGGGCGACGGUUCUACUUGCCAUGGUCGGCAAGUUAGGAGCUGCUGGAGGUUUUGCCAUCAUCUAUGUCUUCUCGGCGGAGCUCUUCCCAACAGUUGUGCGCAAUUCAGCCAUGGGGGCCAGCGGUUCCUGGGCACGUGUCGGGGGCAUGAUCGCUCCUUAUAUAGCAGAUUUGGGGAAGGUAGUUCACGGGGACAUUGGCCAUGUGUUGCCGCUCAUUAUAUUUGGUUCGGCAUCUGUGGCGGCAGGACUUCUGUCCCUGUUUUUGCCAGAAACUCUCAACAGAUGCUUGCCGGAAACCAUUGAAGACGGAGAAAACUUUGGACGCAUCGUCGAAGUGAAAGAAAAAGACGUCAUAUCAACGAAGUUCUGAUUUUAGGCUGUAAUAAUUGAAAUAUGCAUCUGUGAUGACCAUUAAAGACCUAUCCAAAUACAAAA